UUGAAGUCAAUUUCCACUACAGCUAUCUACACGCGCUCUUCCAAAUUCAGUUUACUAAAAAGGUGAAUAUUUGCUAAAUCUGGUUAUUUUUUAAAGACGUUGCUUGGUUUACUUUUUAAAAAUCUGUUUAUUGCCAAGAGAAAGGCAAAGUUUGAGAGCUAUCAUUAUUAUGCAGAAUCAUUAUUUAAACGUUCCUAGCUAGGGGGCUGGCCAUGCCACAUGUUAUUAGCUAGUAUCAGGAAAAAAAACGUGCAAAUUAGAAACUCAAACUGUAGCCAGCGGUUGAAUGCAUGAUCAUGGUGUAACAUUGUAAGCUACCUAACGUUACCUGAAAGAUAAUUUAAGUAUUCAUGUGCUACGAACUUGAGUAAAUUAGCUCGGUAACCUGGCUUCAGCGACCACCAGGCCACACUUCGAGGAAAGAUGUCUACCAUCAGAUUUGGAUCAACUUGUAGUCCUUCGAAGACUACUCUAGCUGAGCCAUUGCCACGCUGGAACGAUGAGGAAGGGGAAAAGGCUGAUCCAGAAGAUGCCUGUGAUCCAAAUAAACUCCUUCAGUGUCCAUACGACAAGAACCAUCAGAUCCGUGCCUGCCGCUUUCCAUACCAUCUGAUCAAAUGCAGCAAAAACCACCCUAAACUGGCCAGUGAAUUAAAAACGUGCCCUUUCAACGCCCGCCACCUGAUGCCCAAGCAUGAGCUUUCACACCACAUUGCUAACUGUGUUGACAGAAUAUCUGUGAAUGCAGAAGACUUAGGCAGCGCUGAGGUGCAGAGCAAGUGGCAGGUACCUGUUAGCACCUGGACCAACACCAACUGUGAUGAGGACUGGGAUAAAGAAGCUGAUAUUUCUUCGGUGCCUUUCGUAUGGGGAGUGUCCACAAACCUGAUCAGUCAGAACAGGACUGAGCCAUGCACUACAAACAAUCUUACUCCUGGACUCCGAGCUCCAAGAACUCUGCCCUGGAAAAUGUGUAAGUCAUGUUUAAUCUGUUUUAUGUUACAGCAUUCUGUAUUUCUUAUGGUUUGGAGCCACGCUGUCUUUUCUUGCUGUACUGUCUCACUUAAAAGCUUGUGGCCAGGUGUUCACUUGUCCCUCAUAGGCUCAUUGUAUUUCUCAUAAUUUUUGUUCAGGACUGACUAAGGGCAGAAUGAGUGACAAAAGUUGGAAGUCAAGAGGCUAUCUUGCAGUUAAGUUUUAUAUCAUAGAUGCAUGUUUUAUUAGCUCACUUUGACUUGAUUAUGGACACGUUUGAGAAAAAUCCCAUUGACUAUUUUGUUUGACUAUAAAUGCAUGCUUUGUAACCUAACCUUAGACAUGGUGAUUGGGGUUUGUGUCCCCUUUUUCGUUAUUAAAAGGCUUUUUUGCAGAAGUGUUUCCCUAUAACAUUCCCUGUUAAUGUACUGUAUGUUUCUGAUGCCCUACUGCAGAUAUGAAUAUAUUCUCACUGUAUUGCACAUAUCAGAUAUCUUCAAGAUGCUCAUUAUGUUGACUGUGAAGUUGAUUUAGCCUCUUAAUGGAUCUUGCUUUGAUCUUUUGCCAGUUUGUUGUAUAUUAUUGGAUUUUGGCCUGUAAUUACAAUUUUUUUUAAAGUGAGGUAAUGUUCUGUCCUCAUGGCGGUUUAAAUGUCUACAAUUUGCAUGUUGGGCUCAAGAGAACUGACAGGUUGAAAAUGGAUAGGGCAUUUAAGCAGAUUGGACUAGAGUUGGACAUUUAAUCCUAUCCGAUAGGCAAAAUCCAGAUAAUUUUUGAAAAACUGGGCCCAACUGAUCUCUUGUUAAACCGUCAAUACACAAUACAUUCAUCCACGCAGCUGUUCUUAAUUGCAACCGUUAAGGUCAUCUCCAUAGAUUGAUUAGCUGACAAUGUCACAAACUAUGCACGUUCAUCAAAUGGGGCAGAAGUCUGUUUUGUGAUUCUGGAUGGCAACAAUGACAAGAAGCUACCAUUUGGGGAAUCGUAUUGUAGGUGGUUCGUUUCAGCUUGUAUCUUGUUACAAUGUCUUGUUUUGACUGAUGCCACCUAUAUGCUAAUAUGGCAAAAAAUUCGCUAGCUAACCAACAACUGUGACAAUGUAUUUGUGACAAGUGCUCAUUGUGCAG